AUGGGCAAUAGCAAAAGCAGUGCCCUAUCUAAAGAGAUUCUAGAAGAACUUCAGUUGAACACUAAAUUUACCCAGGAAGAGUUGUGCACUUGGUAUCAGUCCUUCUUAAAGGAAUGUCCGAGUGGAAAGAUCUCCAAACAGCAGUUUGAAAAUAUCUACUCAAAAUUCUUUCCGGAUGCUGAUCCAAAAGCAUAUGCCCAGCAUGUCUUCAGAAGCUUCGAUGCCAACAACGAUGGGACGCUGGACUUUAAGGAAUACAUGAUUGCUCUUCAUAUGACCUCAUCUGGGAAAACUAACCAAAAACUAGAGUGGGCAUUCUGCUUAUAUGAUGUAGACGGAAAUGGGACCAUCAGUAAACCAGAAGUUCUUGAAAUCAUCACGGCAAUAUUCAAAAUGAUAAAUGUUGAAGAUCAAAAACAUCUUCCAGAUGAUGAAAACAGUCCAGAGAAGAGAACUAAUAAAAUAUGGGACUUCUUUGGCAAGAAAAAUGAUGACAAACUCACAGAAGGGGAAUUUAUUCAGGGAAUCAUGAAUAAUAAAGAAAUCCUACGUUUGAUCCAGUUUGAACCUCAAAAAGUCAAGGAAAAACUAAAAGAAAAGAAAUAAUAAAUC